GAGGUGAGCUCCCUUGUUAUCACCGUUCCGUUCGCCCGUGCUACGUGUUCUCCGGUUCUUCCCCGAGCUAAGCUCGACCUCCCCCUCCCGUCCAUUCCUAGCACGCACCGGAAAUCUCCUCCGGCCCGCAGCGCAUCUGGGGCAUUCAGCGGAGAGAGUGCUCCUGGACUGGGGAGGCGAAGUCGCGGAUAAGCACCAAUUUGGGCGUCGGCGCUUCAGGGGUCCUCACGAUAUAUUGAGAUGGCUGGAAAAGGGAGCUAUGUUCCGCCGCAGUAUGUUCCGUUAUAUGGUCUAGACACUGAGGAGGAUAGUGUUCCUGAGGUGGAGGAGAACAUUGCCACGCGCCAAAGAUUAAGCCGGGAUCCUACACAAUGGUCUUCAGGCAUUUGUGCUUGUUUUGAUGAUCCACAGAGCUGUUGUAUUGGUGCGACUUGCCCCUGCUUUCUCUUUGGAAAAAAUGCACAGUUCUUGGGAUCUGGAACUCUUGCUGGAUCAUGCACUACGCAUUGCAUGCUUUGGGGCCUUCUGACAAGUUUCUGCUGUCUGUGUACUGGGGGGCUUGUAUUAGCAGUUCCAGGGUCUGCUGUUGCUUGUUAUGCUUGUGGAUACCGCCAAGCACUAAGAACAAAGUACAACCUUCCGGAAGCACCAUGCGGCGAUUUGACGACACACUUAUUCUGCCAUCUGUGUGCGAUAUGCCAAGAGUACAGGGAGAUCCGCGAGAGAACAGACAGUGGCACCUCUUCAGCUCCUGAUGUUACCCCACCUCCGGUGCAGACAAUGGAUGAACUUUGAUUGAGUAGAUGACGCAAACAUAUCCUGACUCGCAAAUCUUUGGUUGGCUUGGCAUGCCCUUGCCUGCAAGGGUUUGUGUUAUCGCGCACUGCUCCCACAGCUACGAUGUCAGACUUUAUACAGCUGGUGUAAAGAUAACCUGUAAACUAAUGGACCGCGCGAAAAGGUGUAACCUGUUGUUGCACGAUUGCAGCUUGUAACAUUUUUUUCUUCAUAUAUGUAGAAUUGAAAUGAAAACAAAACGUUCUCCUGCA